AUGGUUGUGCUUGUAUCGAAGGAGAUUCAAGAGGAGAGCAGGCGAGGGCUCAAGGAGGCGGGGUGGACGGUGAAGGAGAUUGAGAGGAUUCGCAACCCCCACGCACUCAAUGGGACUUAUAACGAGUGGAAUUACAGCAAGCUGCGGCUGUGGCAGCAGACGGAGUACACCAAGCUGCUCUUUAUUGACUCGGACCUGCUCCUCUUGAACAGCAUUGACUUUCUCUUCUCCUACCCCGAGAUCUCCGCCCGCGGAAACGACGGCACAGAUUUCAACUCAGGCGUGAUGGUCUUGGAGCCGUCGGAUUGCAUGUUUGAGCUGCUGAUGGCAAAUCUGGAGCGAGUGCUAUCGGAGAAUGGAGGGGACCAGGUGAGACCAUGUUGUUAUGUCAUGUGA